AUGGCAAAUCCACAAGAAGUUGACCCGCCCGACUGGAGGGGACCAGAUGACCCAGACUGUCCAUACAACUGGCCGUUGUGGAAGCGCAUCUACAGCACCAGUAUUCCAGCUUUUCUUUGUGUUAACGUGUCAUUCGCCUCUUCCGUCUACACCUCUGGCGCCAACGAUGUGUCGGAAAAGUUUGGAGUGUCACAUACUGCGUCUCUCCUCGGCCUUUCCCUCUUCCUCUGGGCCCUCGGUCUUGGUGCCAUCAUAGCCGCACCCGUGAGUGAAUACUAUGGCCGCAGGAUCGUCUAUCUCAGCACCGUCCCAGUCUUUGGACUAUUCAUCCUGGGCUCGGGACUGGCACAGAACUUCACGACACUGAUUGCGUGUCGCUUCUUCGCCGGCUUCUUUGGUAGUGCCGUUGUUUCCGUCGGUGGCGGGACGAACGCCGAUCUAUGGCCACCCGCACUGGCGGGAUUCGUCUAUCCUUUCUACUUUGUAUCUCCAUUCCUCGGACCGGCUUUUGGGCCUGUUAUCGGCGGCUUUCUGGCUGAGGAGAAGGACUUUCGGUGGCUUGAAUGGGUCGUCCUCUUCAUGGUGGCCUUCAACUAUAUCUAUGCCCUUCCACAAUUCGAGACAUACAAGAAGACUAUCCUCCAGAAACGUAUGCGUGCUGAGAAGCAGUCCGAUGCGCCUCAAGCUCAUUCGCCAAAGGUCGCCCUCCCUUCGAGUGCAAUCAUCCAACGUAUCGUCCUCAAACCUUUCAAGAUGCUCUUUGUCGAGUCCAUCGUGCUCUUCAUGACCAUCUAUAUGGCAUUCAACUUCGCUGUCUUUUACAGCUUUUUUGCAGCCUUUCCCUACGUUUUUGGGGGCCACUACGGCUUCACCCCAGGGCAGCAAGGUCUCACUUUCAUCUCUAUCGCGCUAGGCUGCGUCAUUGGCUUCUUAGCUGUGGUCUACAUCGACCGCAAGACCUACCCUGCGCUAGAGGCGAAAUAUGGAGUCGGCGCGGUGCCCCCAGAGUAUCGCCUCUACGGUGCUAUGGUCGGCUGCGCGCUCAAUCCGGCCAGCCUGUUCUGGUUCGGGUGGACAGCCGACAAGAGUAUCUACUGGCUCAGUCCAGUCAUUGCGUCUGUGCCGUUUGCCGUGGGCAACAUUAUGGUCUAUAGCAGCGGCGCGCUGUACAUCAUGAACUCCUAUGGUUCGUUGCAUGGCGCGAGCGCUCUCAGUGCUAACAGCCUUCUGAGGUAUGCGGGCGGAGCACUGCAUACAAUGGGCUCCAUCCCGACUCCUGGCCAGGUCCGACUGGCUAUCCUCGUUACCGAUGAGCCGCUGCCUAGCGUAUCGGCCAAGCUAGGCCGCUUCGACACCAUCUUCACGACACUUCUCAAAAAUUCAUGCGAAAGCCUUGACCCACCACAGACACUGGAGUCUCAGCUGGCGCUAACUUCGUACAACGUGGUGGCUGAAGACGGUGUGGAUGCCGCUUACCCCGAGCCUGAGGAUGUCGAUGCCGUGCUCAUCACAGGAUCUCGGCAUUCGGCUUAUGCUGACGAUGAAUGGAUGGUGAGGCUGACGGCUUUCACCCGGAUGCUUCUGGAUGAGGGCCGUGUUCGCGUCAUUGGUGUUUGCUUCGGGCACCAGAUCGUUGCUCGCGCCCUUGGUGCACAGGUUGCCCGGUCCCCCGGAGGUUGGGAGCUGUCUGUCACGGAGCUGGAGUUGACAGACGAGGGCAAAAAGGUGUUUGGGUCUGAGAGCCUGAGCAUCUAUCAGACACAUCGCGAUGCAGUUCUCGGCCUGCCUUCUGGUGUCACAUUAUUAGCCCACACCAAGCAAUGCCCAAUUCAAGCCCUGUAUGUCCCUCGGAGGUUCAUCACAGUGCAGGGCCACCCUGAGUUCUCCCCUUUCAUGAUGAGCGAAAUGUUGCAGAUCCGCCAUCAGGCCGGCAUUAUUCCGGAAGAGCCUUUCAAGGACGCCAUGUCAAGGUACUCGGAUGCUCACGAUGGUGUUUCCAUUGGGCGAAGUUUUCUACGCUUCUUGAGGGAGUGA